CUGGAGUUUCAUGGAGUAAUGAGAUUCUACUUUCAAGACAAAGCAGCUGGAAAUUUCGCAACAAAAUGUAUCCGUGUCUCUAGUACUGCCACAACUCAAGAUGUAAUAGAAACUCUUGCAGAGAAGUUUCGACCAGACAUGCGAAUGUUGUCAUCCCCUAAAUACUCGCUUUAUGAGGUGCAUGUCAGCGGAGAAAGAAGAUUAGAUGUAGAUGAGAAGCCUCUUGUUGUACAAUUAAACUGGAACAAAGAUGAUCGAGAGGGAAGAUUUGUUCUCAAGAAUGAAAAUGAUACGCUUCCUCCAAAGAAGGCUCAGAGUAAUGGCCCUGAAAAACAAGAAAAAGAGGGAGUAAUUCAGAAUUUCAAACGAACUCUCUCAAAAAAAGAAAAAAAAGAAAAAAAGAGGCGUGAAAAAGAGGCGUUGCGACAAGCAUCAGAUAAAGAUGAUAGACUUCUUCAUGGGGAUGAUAUUGAGAAUUCUCGCCUUGCAGCUGAGGUUUACAAAGAUAUGCCUGAGACCAGCUUCACUCGCACGAUAUCCAAUCCUGAGGUGGUUAUGAAACGGCGGCGACAGCAAAAACUAGAGAAGAGAAUGCAGGAAUUUCGCAGUUCUGAUGGCAGACCAGACUCAGGUGGGACACUGAGAAUUUAUGCAGACAGUUUAAAACCAAAUAUACCAUACAAGACAAUCCUGCUGUCCACUACGGAUACUGCAGACUUUGCAGUUAUUGAAGCACUGGAAAAAUACGGUCUGGAGAAGGAAAAUCCCAAGGAUUAUUGUAUCGCUCGUGUCAUGCUGCCUCCUGGUGCUCAGCACUCUGAUGAUAAAGGUGCUAAAGAAACUAUUCUUGAUGAUGAUGAGUGUCCACUGCAGAUAUUCAGGGAGUGGCCUAGUGAUAAAGGAAUACUAGUCUUUCAGUUGAAAAGGCGGCCUCCUGAUUAUGUCCCAAAGAAAUCCAAGAAAAUAACUGAUGGAAAGCCAUUAAAGGGGAAGGAAAGAGUUGACGGGUCUGGCUACGGCUCUUGCCUUCCUCCUGAGAAACUACCGUACCUGGUAGAAUUAAGCCCAGGGAGAAGGAAUCACUUUGCCUACUACAACUAUCACGCUUACGAAGAUGGUUCUGACUCCAGAGAUAAGCCAAAGCUCUAUCGUCUACAAUUAAGUGUCACUGAAGUUGGAACCGAAAAAUUUGAUGACAAUUCUAUUCAGUUAUUUGGUCCAGGAAUUCAGCCUCAUCAUUGUGACCUCACUAAUAUGGAUGGAGUUGUUACUGUAACCCCGAGAAGCAUUGAUGCUGAAACUUAUGUGGAGGGUCAGCGUAUUUCAGAAACCACUAUGCUGCAAAGUGGAAUGAAGGUUCAGUUUGGGUCAUCUCAUGUAUUUAAGUUUGUGGAUCCCACUCAGGACCAUGUUAUUCCUAAAAGACCUAUUGAUGCAAGUCUUAUGGUCAAAGGUCCAAGACACAAAACCGGAGCUGUUCAGGAAACCACAUUUGAUCUGGAGGGAGAUGUUCACAGUGGAACAGCAUUACCAGCAAGCAAGAGCACCAGCAGGCUUGAUGGUGACAGGACAUCAUCAGCAUCCAGCACAGCUGAACGAGGAAUGGUGAAGCCAAUGAUUAGAAUAGAACAGCAGCAAGAUUACCGCAGACAGGAAAGCAGACCUCAGGAUGCCCACGGACCAGAACUGAUACUACCUGCCAGUAUUGAAUUCAGGGAAAGCUCUGAAGAUGCCUUCUUAUCUGCCAUUAUAAAUUACACAAAUAGCUCGACAGUUCAUUUUAAGCUGUCACCUACAUAUGUUUUGUAUAUGACAUGUCGGUAUGUAUUGUCAAGCCAGUACAGACCUGACAUCACUCCUACUGAGCGUACUCACAAAGUCAUUGCAAUAGUCAACAAGAUGGUGAACAUGAUGGAAGGAGUUAUACAGGAGGUAGACCAGGUUGAUCAGAAACAGAAGAAUAUUGCUGGGGCACUUGCCUUUUGGAUGGCAAAUGCAUCUGAAUUACUGAAUUUCAUAAAGCAAGAUCGAGAUCUUAGCCGAAUUACUGUGGAUGCACAAGAUGUUUUGGCACACUUGGUUCAAAUGGCAUUCAAGUACCUGGUUCAUUGCCUGCAAUCAGAGCUUAAUAACUACAUGCCAGCAUUUCUUGAUGAUCCGGAGGAAAAUAAUCCUCAGAGGCCUAAAAUAGAUGAUGUGCUGCAUACAUUGACUGGCGCUAUGUCCCUUUUGCGACGAUGUAGAGUGAAUGCUGCUCUGACUAUACAACUCUUCUCCCAGCUGUUUCAUUUUAUCAACAUGUGGCUUUUUAACAGAUUAGUUACGGCCCCAGAUUCAGGGUUAUGUUCACAUUAUUGGGGAGCUAUCGUUCGUCAACAGUUGGGUCAUAUUGAAGCCUGGGCAGAAAAACAGGGUUUAGAAUUGGCUGCUGAUUGCCACCUGAGCAGAAUAGUGCAGGCAACCACAUUGCUUACCAUGGACAAAUAUUCAAAUGCAGAUGUUCCAAAUAUUAACAGUACUUGCUUUAAGCUGAAUUCUCUGCAGCUACAAGCUUUGUUGCAGAAUUAUCACUGUGCUCCAGAUGAACCACUCAUCCCAACAGAAUUGAUAGAGAAUGUAGUAACUGUUGCAGAAAAUACAGCUGACGAACUUGCUCGCAGCGAUGGCCGAGAAGUCCAACUGGAAGAGGAUCCUGACUUACAGCUGCCUUUUCUUUUACCAGAAGAUGGCUAUUCCUGUGAUGUCGUCAGAAAUGUUCCAAGUGGUUUACAAGAAUUUUUAGAUCCACUCUGUCAGAGAG